AUGAGGCCCAGAGACUGUCCGAACUGGAGGUACUCCUGCACCCCACCCCCACCCCCUCCCGCCCCUUGGCGCCGGAGAAGGACGUCUUUUCGGCCUCUUCCCGCAGGGGCCGCCGGGGUCAUCCAACAGGGUAGGGGAGGCUCUCCGUGCCGAGGGAGUCGCGCUGGGGGAUCGCAGCUCCCUGAGAGUGCCCGCAGCCUCCGACCAGUAUUGGCGCACAAGUGUGAGAUCGGGCAGCAUCUCACCCCCAGCAGUCCCUGGUGUUUUUGCCUGUACCCACUCCCCAGGUUUUCGGUCCAGAGCCGGCCCCUGGCAAGGCAAAGACAUGUCCAGUGCUUGAGAGAUGCGCAUUCGGCUGUCGACUUCAGAACCAAGAAUCUCCUACCCGGUGUCGCGACACCUCUGAACUGCCGCUUUCCACCGCCAACCAGAAGCCCUAGGAAGGUGGGUUCCCAGGAAAGCCAAGCUGACGAAACAGGGCAAACCAGCGUGAAAGGCAAAGGCGCCCACCCCUGCCACCCAGUUCGGGGUGCCUCCUUCACUCGGGGUCUUUCUCCCUCUCCUUUCUCCGGCAUCCUGCGGGUCUCCAGCUCACUCAGCAGCCUCUGCGAGCCCAGACCGCGGGAAAGCCGGGGAGAGCCGGGAGCCGGCAGGGUGGCGCCUCCAGGCUGUGACCACGCUCGGCUACGGAAAGCCGCGGUGCUCUGGCCCUUCCUCACCUCUUGCCAAAUGACAAGUGUGUCAAGGCGCUCUCUGGGUUCAGUCUUCUUUCAUUCACAUUAGGCGGCAAGAGUCUCUCUCUCCUCCUUCCCCCCCAGAAAAAUACUUUUUAAAAAGCAUUAUCCAACUGGGUCUCCCAGCGAAGAAACCCCUACAGCUUGUACGCAGGUGGGACUCCCAAGCCUUUGCUUCCCGGACCCUACUGCUGUUGUCCAGAUAGGGGCCAGUUUUAAAACUCCUGGUGUGUAGAAUACUUGCAAAGCAGUGGCACUCUCCGAUUUUUGCAAGUAGGAUUCUCAGGAAAGUUUGCUUUCCAUUUCAUCACCCUGGACGGUUCCCCGUCUCUCCGUUGCCCGUAACCUCCUCCCUCAAGCGGCAGAAGAGUUCAGCUUCAAACGAAAAGCAAGCCAAGGCCACCUCAGUCCCUUCUCCCAGGAGAUUCCAACUUAAAACACCUGCUUGUUUUAAACGCCAGGGACUGAGUCCUGCAAUUUGUCCGGGAGUGUAGCGGGGAACAAGCGAGCUGGGAACUGGGGGCUUUGCUGGGGGAUUUGAGGUUGGGGAAGGGGGAGGGAGCAAAUGUCAUGGCUGGCUCGCUCGAGCAGCCAGGGAACCGGAGCUAAGCGUAUCGGGCUUUUAAAAUGACAUUGAUUGGGACAAGCUGUUCCCCACCCCAGUAAGAGUUAAUCUGCCUGUUAAUCAAGGCACUAAGGGGCUCAAUGCGAGUUUUAUUAGCGAUUGGAGCAGAGGCGGCAGCGAGGGAUCAAAAGCCGGGAUCCCAGAUAUUUGUCGGUGCGGUCACAAAAAAAAAAAAAAGUAUUUUCAAUUAGAGAACAAUUCGGCGCUUUUCAUCACUUUCUAACUCUGACUUGCAGAUGGUGACUUACAAACCUGGCUAACGCGGGAGACGUGGGGGGUGGGAGAGUAGGGGUGGGGGGAGGGAACCGAAGCCCGGCGUAGCCAAGAGGCGGGGGGCGGAGGGGGGGGUGAAGCUGCGGGUUGGCUCCGCGGAGUUCCGCGGGGGAGAGUUCAAGAAUCCUCCACCUGGGGCCCCAAAGUCUGAGAUUCCUCCGGAGAGGAGAAAGAAUGAAAAAUAAAACAACAAACACCACCAGCAAUAUCCGCAUUCAUCCCUCCCGGUCGGCUCCCCACUGCUCAGGCCGCCUCUGGCUCCGGGUGGCGUCUGGGCCCCUAGCGUAGCAGCCGGGAGGGCCGGAAAGUUUGCGCAGCGCAGCGAGAGGGACUCUCCUUCCGUCUCUCCCGCUCUGCCCCCUUCUGCCCCGGAGGGGCGUUAGGUUCCUUCGGUUUUCCUUUCAUAUUCUAAAAUAAAUAAAUAAACGCCCAGGCCCUGGGGAAAUUUGAAUAGUAACUCAUUCAAUAAUCCAAAUUAUAUGAAAGGGUCUAAGAAAAACUGGACAAGCCAACCACAUACGCCCUCCGAUCAAGGAGGGCACAGGAGUGAGAAGGCGACAGAGGAGGUCUCAGUCUCGCCCUGGGCGCGGGGAGAGAACUCUGGUCAGAGGUAAUUAUGUCACUGCGUUUUCUCGCCGUGACAGCCGAAUAAACACGAUCUCCAAUAAACAUCUCUAAUGAGGGAGGAGGCCCGAGGAUGACGGGGUUUGAUUUAUGACUGGAGGAGAAGGUCCACUUCCCACUGCGAAGCGGGCAACCUGCUUGCCGCCCAGCUCCGGAGAAAGGAAACCGCGGAGGAGAGAACCAAGGCCCAGGCUCUCAGCAAUUGAUACAACCCUAAUUUUGGCACAAAAUCGUGCUAAAGCACCUGCCAUAGAGGAACGUUCACCGGAAAGGUGUGUUAUCCACGCCUGAUCUAAACGAAGAGAACAGGACUGUGGAUGGAGAAGACCCCGCGGCCUGACACCUUUUUUUCCGCUCCCUGGAAAGGAAAGUUUUCUUUUUGAUUCGUCCUCUCACUAUGUUUCUCUUUUCCUUGGCGGUACAGUUAGAGAGAGGAAUGUAAAUAUUUUGACUAGACCUCUGCAGGGGCCUUUUAAACACCAGGAGCGAUCAUCUGUGGAAUACUGUAGUUCAUAGUUUCAAAACUUGAACGUGCAGACUUCGUCUUGUUGAGGAAACCCAUAGAACUAGUGGCGACCACAUAGCUCCCUAUUCGUGUAAGGAAGUAUUCCUUAGUGAUCGGCCAAGUUUUUAGGACUUCUUUCUGUUGCCACUGCUUUCCAGAUGUUUGCAGGGAAGGAAUAUCAAUCUAACAGGCAUUUGCUGGGGUUGUGGCAAAAUCAAAUUCCACCGUGCUUCACUUUUACCUCUUCUGUCUUUCCUCCUGUGGGGCAUGUACACGAAGUGUGCAAAAGUAGAAAUCAUAUUUGAAAAAAUUAAAAUCCUAUUUAGCUCUU